AUGCCAGGAUUCAGCUACAGACAGCCAAAUGCCAGAACCAAUCCCACUGAAGUGCGUGAUGGUAGUGGGAGAACCAUUGACGACGACUCUUCUGCCAGCGGGAACGAUGCAGUUUCCAAGACGUUUGGUCGAGGUAUCGUCCAAGAUUUCAAGCGUACCAUUGGUACUUGGUGGUUCAAGGAAAUGACCAACUUCAACACCAAGACCGUUGCUGUGUCUUUCUUCCUUUUCAUUGCUGUCAUUGCUCCUACCAUUACAUUCGGAGCCGUGUACGCCAAGGCUACCAAUAACUAUAUUGGAGCCGUCGAGCUUCUCUUGGCCACUGCUUGGUGCGGAAUCUUCUACUCUUUAGUUUCUGGACAACCAAUGAUGAUCAACGGAGGAACUGGUCCAGUCUUGACCUUCCAAACUGUCUGCUAUGACAUUGCCAAGAACCUUGAUGUUCCAUUUUUGACUUUCAAUGCAUGGAUCGGUAUCUGGGUUUGCAUCUACCAAGUCUUGGCCGCCUUCUUUGAUGCCAACCGUCUCAUCAAAAAGGCCACUCGCUUCACCGACGAAACCUUUGCUCUAUUGAUCGUGUCCAUCUUCCUCUUGGGUGCCAUUGGAAACCCUUCCUCCAAGGUCGGUCUCUUCCACUACUUUGGUACUGACCAUCCACACCACGAAAACAUGAUCGAGGAAAACGGAUCCGAGUACGACUACAUGACCGUGGCUCUAUUGAGUUUGAUUCUCGGUUUGGGUACUGCCUUUUUUGCCAUUGGACUUCGUCAGAUCAAAUUCUCGGCCUUUUGCUGCAACGACUACGUGCGCACUGUCAUUACGGAUUUCGCCAUUACCAUUUCGGUGGUCGUCAUGACCGCCUUGAGACACACCGUUUUUGAGGAUGUCCAAGUCGAAGAACUCAAGGUCCCCGACACUUUUGCCACCUCCUUCUCGUGUUGUACCGCAGACUGUACCAGCUACUGGCCUACCGAAUGUCCCGAUCAAGCCGAAGCAUGGGGACGUCGACCAUGGGUUGUGGACUUGUUUGAUCUGAAUGACAAGAUCUACGUCAUCUUCAUCGCCGCUGGACUUGGUAUCCCCGCCUUCAUCUUGACGUUUUUGGACAACGGAAUCACUUGGCACAUUGUCAACCACCCAAGCAACAGACUUUCCCACGGAGACGCCUACAACUACGACACUUGCAUUUCUGCCAUUAUGGUGUUGGUCAACUCGUUGCUUGGUCUUCCUUGGUUGGUCGCUUCUACCGUCCCAUGCAUCAUGCACAUUACUGCCAUGCAAGAGAAGAAUACCAAGGGCGAAGUCAAAUACAUCCAAGAAUCUCGCUUGACUGGUUUGUUCACCCACACCUUGGUCUUGGCCUGUAUCUUUGCCCUUUCGGUGAUUCGCUUGAUUCCUCUGCCAGUCCUUUAUGGAGUCUUUUUGUUCAUGGGAUUGGUUGCCUUGCCCGGUCAACAGUUCUGGCAACGUUUCUUGUUGUUCUUCCAACAGCCUACCAAGAUGGACAAGAACCACUACACCAAGAACGUGCCUGUGGAACGCAUCCACAAGUACACCUUGGUUCAAUUUUUCUUCUUUGCCGUGGUGUGCGUCGUCCGCGAGAUCAAGGCCAUUUCGAUUGCCUUCCCAGUCAUGGUGUUGCUGUGCAUUCCCGCUCGGCUGUACUUGCACCCCCGUUUGUUUUCCGCUGACGAGUUGAUCUUGUUGGAUGGAUCGCCGGAAGAGAUUGAAGACUGGUUGCUCAAGAAUGACCCCGAAGAGAUGGCCGCGGAUAAGGCUCAAAAGUCGGCACAAGCGCAGCACGUUGCCGACAAUGGCCUUGCACUUCCUGCACAAUUGGAUUCCGAUGAGGAUGACGAACAAGAAGCUUAG